AUGGCGUUUCUUGCUCGUUUUUCUCCAUUGGAAUCUACACUGCGGACGGCGAGUAAGGGUAACUCGCCGCCCGACCAGAACCAGACCCUACGGAGCGUAGCGUUCCGCGCGCGCCUCAAAGAGCCACUAGACCACCACAGACGGGGCCCUAUAGGGCUGAUGUUCAGGCGGGGUUGCGGGGUAAGCGCAAUGAGUCAUCGCGGCCUCAGCCUAGAGCAGAAGAAGGAACAGCGGUUUUUAGUCAGCGGCGUGAAACAACCACAACGCAAGGCGUUGCUGCGUGAGCGAGGUUACCGAAGGCUCAAUGCUUUUCCCUCCCUCGCGUCUCUCCAAUCCCUAAAUCCUCUUAACCCUUCACCUCCAAAAGAUUGUAACACCCUUGCAACUCCUCGUGUGUCGUGGGUGUCCACGGGCAGCACCGAUUGCUUACCAUCAGGAGACACGUGCACGAAGAAGGAUAGACAGGAUUCCGGUACGUGUAUUGUCUUGAGGGAUUGUAAGACUGGCCUAGAAGACCUCGCCAACGGCGUACAACCUAUGAUCUGCGGUUUCCAGGAAACUGAACCAAUCGUUUGUUGUUUCAACACGACUAGUUAUACUAAAAGAGUAUCCAAACCGACAGCAGCUUCAUCGUCACGGUUUAAUAAUGAAGAGGAAAAUUGCAGGCUUAUAAAUCCAUCGCAGACGGCACCGAAAACCGGACGAAAGGCAUUUGACAAAUGUAAAGAAUAUCAAGAGAAAUAUGUGUAUCCUUGUGAACGAAAAGCUUCCCUCGCUGGAGGCUAUGGAAGGAGCAACAAUUGCCAUCAUAAGACUGACCAGCUGAUAUCUGGUGGCGAGGACGCCAGCUUGCACGAAUUUCCACACAUGGCACUGAUCGGUUUUGGAAUGAUCUCCGAACUUGAUUUUAAAUGUGGUGGCUCCAUCAUCAGCGAGAGAUUCAUCUUAACAGCGGCUCAUUGCUCGUCGUCACCUCAAUUCGGACCAGCUACUUUUGUAGCAAUAGGUGUGCUCAGGAAAGAUGAGGCUAGAGACCAGUCGAAGAUAUAUUUGAUAGAGCAGUUUAUAAACCACCCUCACUACAGAUCUCCUUCCAAAUACGACGAUAUCGCUCUGAUAAAGACUGACAGAGAGAUGCAGCUGAACCAGUUUACCGUUCCUGCUUGCCUUCAUACAGAACCAGAAGAUGACUCCAAGGCUUUAGCAACAGGAUGGGGUCUUACCCAGCCUCUGGCUAGGAGCGGAGCCGAAAUUCUUCAAAAGGUCAUCUUAACGAAGUUCUCCGUCGAGGAAUGUAGUGACCUGUAUAAGGUACACAGGUUAUACAGAAGAGGUUUCGACGAAUCCACACAGACCUGCUACGGAGAUAAGGAUAUGCCUGAUUCCAGCCAGGGUAGACGAACUAAAGACACUUGUCCUGGUGAUAGUGGAGGUCCUCUUCAGAUUAAAAGCGAGAAAAUAAAUUGCAUGUACACUGUGGUAGGGGUAACUUCAAAUGAGAUCCAUAGAUGUGCAACUCCUGGUUCUGCAGGAGUGUACACCAGGGUCUGGUCUUACAUACCAUGGAUAGAAAACAUCGUCUGGCCAAGUGACAAUAGUGUUUAAUUAUUUUAAUAAAGCUUAG